UUAUAAAAAUGUCCAUGAAAGACCCCGCAUGCAUUUAAAGGAUUUACAAGGCCAAUGCAAUCGAAUGCAAUUUCUGUUAACAUGCUUUUUAUGGCAGCAGUGGUACAACCAGAGCGAGCCUGUGAGCGAGGGGGGAUUAUUCACUUUUUCAAGACUGAGGGGGAACAACACCGUAGGGGAGAAUUUUUUUUUUUGACAGUAUUUGUUUUAGGAUUCGUGAAGUGUUCCCACAAUGUCUACGAAAGCAGAGCAAUUUGCCUCUAAGAUAAGAUACUUGCAAGAGUAUCACAACCGCGUGCAACACAAUAUUUACCCCGUGCCCUCCGGAACAGACAUUGCAAACACAUUGAAAUACUUUUCCCAAACCCUGCUCAGCAUUCUGUCCCGCACAGGCAGGAAGGAGAACCAGGAAGCAUCCAAUUUGGCCGUGCCUAUGACCAUGUGUCUUUUUCCUGUGCCAUUCCCACUCACCCCAUCUCUAAGACCACAAGUCAGUUCCAUCAACCCUACAGUUACUCGCUCCCUCCUUUACAGCGUUCUGCGUGAUGCCCCGCCAGACCGCGGGGGGCAGGGGCAGCAGAGUCGGGACGCUCAGCUCUCAGAGUACCCCUCUCUGGACUAUCAGGGGCUCUAUGCGACCCUCGUUACCCUGCUUGACCUGGUGCCCCUGCUGCAGCACGGUCAGCAUGAUCUUGGACAGUCCAUAUUUUACACAACAACUUGCCUCCUGCCCUUUCUCAGUGACGAUAUUCUCAGCACUUUACCCUACACUAUGAUCUCCACUUUAGCUACAUUCCCCCCAUUCCUUCACAAAGACAUCAUUGAGUACCUCAGCACCUCUUUCCUCCCCAUGGCUAUAUUGGGUUCCACUAGAAGAGAAGGGGGCGUCCCAGCAUAUGUCAAUCUCUCUGCCUCCUCCAUGCUAAUGAUUGCUAUGCAGUACACUUCCAACCCAGUAUACCACUGUCAGUUGUUGGAGUGUCUUAUGAAGCACAAGCAGGAAGUGUGGAAGGACCUGCUGUAUGUUAUAUCGUACGGACCAUCCCAAGUCAAGCCUCCAGCCGUGCAGAUGCUCUUUCAUUACUGGCCAAACUUAAAGCCCCCAGGAGCCAUCAGUGAAUACAGUGGACUGCAAUACACAGCCUGGAACCCCAUCCAUUGCCAACACAUUGAGUGUCACAAUGCCAUCAAUAAACCUGCUGUCAAGAUGUGCAUCGACCCCACCCUCUCUGUUGCACUGGGAGACAAGCCCCCUCCUCUAUACAUCUGUGAGGAGUGCAGCCAAAGGAUAGCAGGAGACCAUUCAGAAUGGCUUGUUGAUGUGCUCUUGCCCCAAGCUGAGAUAUCUGCUAUUUGUCAAAAGAAGAACUGUAGCUCUCAUGUCAGGAGGGCAGUUGUCACCUGCUUCUCAGCUGGUUGCUGCGGGCGCCAUGGCAACCGACCCGUCCGCUACUGCAAGCGUUGCCAUGUCAACCAUCACAGCAGCGAGGUGGGGACUGCGGCGGAGACCCAUCUGUACCAGACCUCCCCACCUCCCAUCAACACCCGCGAGUGUGGGGCAGAGGAGCUGGUGUGUACUGUGGAGGCUGUUAUCAGUCUACUGAAGGAGGCAGAGAUCCACGCGGAGCUGCGUGAGUUUGAGCUGAACAGGCGUCGUCAGAUGGGCCUGUCUGCCUCCCACCACUCCCUGGACAACAUCGACUUUGACAACAAGGAGGACGACCAGCACGACCAGAGGCUCCUCAGUCAGUUUGGCAUCUGGUUCCUGGUGAGCCUGUGCACCCCCAGUGAGAACACGCCCACUGAGAGCCUGGCGCGGCUGGUGAGCAUGGUGUUCCAGUGGUUCCACUCCACAGCCUACAUGAUGGACGACGAGGUGGGCUCCCUGGUGGAGAAGCUCAAGCCCCAGUUUGUCACCAAGUGGCUGAAGACCGUGUGUGACGUGCGCUUCGACGUCAUGGUGAUGUGCCUGCUGCCCAAGCCGGUGGAGUUUGCCAGGGUGGGGGGUUACUGGGAUAAGUCUUGCAGCACGGUGACCCAGCUGAAGGAGGGGCUGAACCGGAUCCUGUGCCUGAUCCCCUACAAUGUGAUCAGCCAGCCGCUAUGGGAGUGCUUCAUGCCAGAGUGGCUGGAGGCCAUCCGCACUGAGGUGCCUGACCAGCAGCUCAAGGAGUUCAGAGAAGUGCUCAGCAAGAUGUUUGACAUUGAGCUGUGCCCUCUGCCCUUCUCCAUGGAGGAGAUGUUUGGGUUCAUUAGCUGCAGGUUCUCAGGCUACCCAGCCUCUGUGCAGGAGCAGGCUCUGCUCUGGCUGCAUGUGUUGUCAGAGCUGGACAUUGUGGUGCCUCUGCAGCUGUUGAUCGGGAUGUUCUUUGACGGGGUGAACUCAGUGAAGGAACUGGCCAAUCAGAGAAAGACUCGAGUCUCAGAUCUAACUGGUGAAAAUACUGAGGCUCGGAGGGAAAGUGUGGUUUCAGAUCCAGGCCAUCUUGGGCCGCACAACACUGUGAGCCCGUUCCCCAGUCCGUUCCGGAGCCCAUUCCGGAGCCCCCUGCACUGCAGCCCCUUUAAGAACCUGGGCCAUGCUACGGGACACUGUGCCCUGGACCUGGACUGUGACGACGAUGACAUGAACCUGGGCUGUUUCAUUCUCAUGUUCGACCUCAUCCUCAAACAGAUGGAGCUCCAGGAUGAUGGCGUGAUGCUCGGUCUGGAAAGCAGCCUGGGGAAGGACAUUGUGGGCAUCAUCAACAACGUCUUCCAGGCCCCAUGGGGGGGCUCCCACACCUGUCAGAAGGACGAGAAGGCCCUGGAGUGCAGCCUGUGCCAGUCCAGCAUUUUGUGCUACCAGCUAGGCUGUGAGCUCCUGGAGAGACUCACCCCCAGGGAGGAGAUACGUCUGGUGGAGUCAACAGACAUCUUGGAGGACACAUUGCUGUUGCCUCAAGUGUUUGGGCCUGAACAACGGACAAAGCAAGGGGCAGAGGAAGCGGACAACCCUGCCAGCACACACACUGACAACCCUACAAUUCAAAGUUACUCUCCUGACAACCCACCAAUGAAGAAUAAUGCUGAUAAGAAGUUUUCCUACCAGCAGCUCCCUGUGUCUCUCAAGCUAAUAUACACUAUUCUGCAGGAAAUGUCUAAGUUUGAGGAGCCUGAUAUCUUGUUCAACAUGCUGAACUGUCUGAAGAUCCUGUGUCUCCAUGGAGAGUGUCUGUACCUGGCCCGUAAGGACCACCCCCAUUUCCUGGCCCACAUCCAGGAGAAGAUGCUCAUUCCCAGCCUGUGGACCAUGCUGAAGUCCGAGUUCUGCCAGCUGGCCUCCCUGGCCGUGCCCCAGCUUCUGCAUGCCCUCUCCCUCUCCCACGGAGCAGACAUCUUUUGGAACCUGGUGGACAGCAACUUUAACAGCAAGGACUGGAAGAUACGCUUCGAAGCAGUGGAGAAGGUGGCGGUGCUCUGUCGGUUCCUAGACAUUGGUUCUUUGACGAAGAACCACCUGCUGAAGUACUCCCUGGCCCACGCCUUCUGCAGCUUCCUGGCCUCUGUGGAGGAUGUCAACCCGGCUGUUGCCACACGCGCUAGGCUGCUGCUGGACACCAUCAAGAGCCCAGCACUACAGGGUUUGUGUCUGUGCCUGGACUUCCAGUUCGACACGGUGGUGAGGGACCGGCCCAUCAUCCUCAGCAAGCUGCUGAUGCUGCACCACCUGAAGCAGGAAGUCCCUGCCCUCAGCUGGGAGUUCUUUGUCAACCGCUUCGAGACGCUCUCCCUGGAGGCCCAGCUCCACCUGGACUGCAACAAGGAGUUCCCUUUUCCCACCACCAUCACAGCUGUGCGUACCAACGUGGCCAACCUUAGUGAUGCAGCGAUGUGGAAAAUCAGACGGGCGCGCUUUGCCAGGAACCGCCAGAAGAGUGUGCGUUCCCUCCGUGACAGCAUCAAGGGCCCGUCCACAACCAAGCGAGCCUUCUCCCUCCCAGAGACUCUGUGUAACCGACUACCUUUAAGGCUUACGAGGCAAGAGCACUCUGCCCCGACUCUGGGAGAUAUGAUAGAGAAAGUCCUGCCAGGCCACAGCCCCUCACCGGAGGAUGACUCGGUCAUCAGGGACCUGCUCCCAGAGGAUGCUGGGAUAGAUCACCAGACGGUGCACCAGCUCAUCAUGGUACUCAUGAAGUUCAUGGCCAAAGACAAGAGCAGUGCCGAGGCAGACAUCGGCAGUGCCAAGGCCUUCAACUCGGUGAAGCGCCACCUGUAUGUGCUACUGGGCUAUGACCAGCAGGAGGGUUGCUUCAUGAUCGCACCGCAAAAGAUGAGGACCUCCACCUGCUUCAAUGCUUUCAUCGCUGGCAUCGCACAGGUGAUGGACUACAACAUUGGGCUGGGGAAGCAGCUGCUCCCCCUGGUGGUCCAGGUGUUGAAGUACUGCACCUGCCCCCAGCUCAGACACUACUUCCAGCAGCCGCCGCGUUGCUCUCUCUGGGCCCUGCAGCCACACAUCAGACAGAUGUGGCUCAAAGCCCUGCUGGUCAUCCUCUACAAGUACCCCUACCGGGACAUGGAUGUGAGUAAAGGGGUUCUGCACCUGAUCCACAUCACCAUCAACACCCUGAAUGCCCAGUACCACAGCUGUAGACCCCAUGCCACUGCUGGACCCCUCUAUAGUGACAACUCCAACAUCAGCCGCUACAACGAGAAAGAGAAAGAGGAGGACAGUGUAUUUGAUGAGUCUGACGUUCAUGACACCCCAACUGUAGCAGGCAACAAGGAGUCUCAGACCUUCUUCGCCCGUCUGAAAAGGAUCGGUGGCAGCAAGUCUGUCAAGUACCAGCCGGUAGAGCUGAAUGCCCAAAAAAGUGAAAUUGAGCUGUCUGAGUACCGUGAGGCCAGUGCAGUGCAGGACAACAUCUUGCACUGUGUGAGGGAGGAGAGCACCAGGAAGAAGCGUCUGCAGGCCAUGCACAAGCAGAAGUCCCUGGACAUUUCCAACACUGACUCCAUCCUCUACAACUUGGACGAGCACCGACGCAAGUCCUGCAUAGACCGCUGUGACCUGCAGCAUGGUACCCCCGGGCCCCCCUCCUCCACCACCUCCCACCCCAGGCGGACAGGGGGCCACGGGAAGGGCUCGUCAGACGGCUCCUCAGGCCGAGCGGAGGGCAGUGACCACCAGGACCAUUCAGGAACCCGGGGGGGCCACUCAGACUGCUCUAGGCCUGUCAUCCCAGAGGUGCGUCUCAGCUGCAUGGAGACGUUUGAGGACAAAGCUGACUUGGACUCCCCUCUUACAGGCGGCUCUUCUGCAGAGAAGGAGGACCAGGACCUCAUUGACCUCUCCUCCGACUGCACUUCAAUCCCAGAGAAGCACUCCAUCCUCUCCAUGUCUGACAGCGACUCCCUGGUGUUUGAGCCCCUACCACCACUGAGGAUCGUGGAGAGUGACGAGGAGUUUGACCUGAACAUGGUGAUGGGCCCCAGGUUGAAUGGGAGUGCCAGGCCCCCUGCUUCCCCUGCCAGGCCUGCUGCCUCCCCUGCCAGGCCCCCUGCCUCCCCUGCCAGGUUUGCUGCCUGCCCUGUCAGGCCUGCAGCCUCCCCUGCCAGGCCCCCUGCUUCCCCUGCCAGGCCCCCUGCCUCCCCUGCCAGGUCUGCUGCCUCCCCUGCCAGGCCCACUGCCUCCCCUGCCAGCAGCAGCACCGUGUGCCUGUCCCCCAUGGUGCAGGUGAGCGUGGACGACUGUUCUAAGGAGAAGAGGACCACAGACUCCCCAUCAAAAGAAAGCCCCCAACAGCCUCUACAGAGGAGGCCACGCUAUGCAACCCCCACCACAUCCCUGGAGCUGCCUGACCGGUCGGAGCACCCUGGCCUGGAGAGCCCCAUGACUCUCAGCUUACAACAGAAGAGGGACCUGCUGAGGAAGACCCCUGCUGUCCCUGACACCUCCCUGGAUGACUUUGUGCAUCCUGAGGACUUGAAGGCAGGGGUGGGUCUGGGGACCAGUCCCUCUGGCAGGAUGAUCUUCCUGGACAUCCCUGAGGACACAGUUGAACCCCUCACCUCUCUGGAGGGGAACAACAACGAUGAAGAGGAAUAUUAUGAAGAAGAUGAUGAGGACCUUGAUGACAGUGACUUUAAACCUGAUGAUGAUGAGAAUGACGAGGCAGAGUUUAAGAUCCAGAUAGUUCCCCGGCAACGCAAACAGAGGAAGAUAGCUGUGAGCGCCAUCCAGAGAGAGUACCUGGACAUCUCCUUCAACACCCUGGACAAGCUGGGUGAGCAGCCCACUGACACAGAUCACAAAGUUCUGUCUACCCUGGAAAAGCCACGGGAAUCCGCCUCAGCCCCCACCCUUGAAGCUGCUAUCCCAGAAACAAGCAACCGCUCUUCAGUAUCAACUCAGUACCGUCAGGCAAAGCGAGGCUCGUUGGGAGCUCUAACCAUGAGCCAGCUGAUGAAGAGACAGCUGGAGCACCAGUCCAGUGCCCCUCACAACAUCAGCACCUGGGAGACAGGCCCCACCAAGACCAGCCUCCUAUCUGCCCCCAGUACAGUCAGCAUGUUUGUGCCUGCCCCUGAGGAGUUCAUUGAUGACCAGCCCACCACCAUGACUGACAGGUGUCGUGACUGUGGUGCGGUGCUAGAGGAGUAUGAUGAGGAGACCCUGGGCCUGGCAGUGGUGGUGCUCUCCAUGUUCAUCCACCUCAGCCCUGACCAAGCUGCUCCACUGCUGCUGGACAUCCUGCAGUCUGUGGGCAGGCUGGCAUCUAGUGCUAAUUUCUCUGGGCAAGCUGAGAGCAUGCUGAUUCCUGGCAACGCAGCAGGUGUGGCUAAGCAAUUCCUCCGCUGUGUGUUCCAUCAGCUGGCCCCCAAUGGCAUCCUGCCCCAGCUCUUCCAGAGCAACAUCAAAGAUGGAGGUUUUCUGAGAACGUUGGCCUUGUCCCUGAUUGAUUUUAAUGAACUGAGUUCUGUGGCUGCACUGAAUCAGCUGCUGGAGGGUCUGAACAACAAGAAGAGUCUACCAGCAGGGGGCACCAUGCUGCACUGCCUGGAGAACAUUGCCACCUUCAUGGAGGCCCUGCCCAUGGACUCCCCCAGCAAUUUGUGGACCACCAUCUGCAAUCAGUUCCAGACCUUCCUCACUAAACUACCCUCUGUGCUGCCUCUGAAGUGUCCCCUGGACUCCAGUUUGAGGAUCAUCAUUUGCCUGUUGAAGAUCCCCACCACAAGUGCAACCCGGAGCUUACUGGAGCCCUUCUCCAAACUGUUGAGCUUUGUCAUCCAGUAUGGAGUGUUCAGCCUCUCUUACCUGGUGGAGCUGUGUGGCCUCUGCUACAAAGCCUUCAAUAAGGAGCGAGAUAAGUUCUAUAUGUCUCGUAUUGUGGUGCUGGAGCUUCUACAGGCUCUGAAGUUCAAGUCUCCUCUACCCGAUACUAACCUGCUACUGCUGGUCCAGUUUGUUUGUUCAGAUAUUGGUACGAGGCUAGCAGAGUCUACUGUUCUCUCAAAGCACAUGAUCUCAUCUCUUCCAGGGUGCACGACAGCAGCAAUGGAAUGCAUGAGGCAAUACAUCAGUGAACUUCUAGACUUCAUAGCAGAUAUGCACACACUGACCAAACUAAAAAGCCAUAUGAAGGCGUGUUGUCAGCCACUGCACGAGGACACGUUCGGAGGGAACCUGAAAGUGGGCCUGGCACAGGUAGCUGCCAUGGAGAUCAGCAAAGGCAAUCACCGUGACAACAAGGCAGUGAUCCGUUAUCUGCCCUGGCUCUACCAUCCCCCGUCCGCCAUGCAGCAGGGACCUAAGGAGUUCAUUGAGUGUGUGUCACACAUCCGCCAGCUGUCCUGGCUGCUCCUGGGCUCCCUGACCCACUAUGCCCUGCACCAGGGCUCCACCUCCUGUAUGCCCAUCCCCCUGGACGCUGGCUCACACAUCGCUGACCACCUCAUCGUCAUCCUCAUCGGCUUCCCUGAACAAUCCAAGACGUCAGUGCUGCACAUGUGCUCCCUGUUCCAUGCCUUCAUGUUUGCCCAGCUGUGGACCAUUUACUGUGAGCAGUCCGCGGCCACUCCGGCCCUGCAGAACCAGAAUCAGACAGAGUCCUCCUCCAACGCCAUCCUGACCGGCCUGGAGUUCUGGAGCCGCGUCACACCCAGCAUCUUGCAGCUCAUGGCCCACAACAAAGUGAUGGUGGAGAUGGUGUGUCUACAUGUCAUUAGCCUGAUGGAGGCUCUACAAGAAUGCAACUCAACUAUCUUUGUGAAGUUAAUACCUAUGUGGUUGCCCAUGAUUCAAUCUAACCUAAAGCACCUGUCUGCAGGGCUACAGCUGCGGCUGCAGGCCAUCCAGAACAGAGUGAACCACCAGUGUGUGCAGGGCCAGGCGGCCGGGGCCCUGCCCUUCGCCCUGCGCAAGUGGCUGCAGUGCACACAGUUCAAGAUGGCCCAGGUGGAAAUCCAGUCAUCCGAGGCUGCCUCACAGUUCUACCCCAUGUGACCUGCCCACCUCUCACUAUGGGAGAUCCUCCAAGUCCCAGUCCUCCUCAGGACCAGCAUGCAUCUGUCUGCUGCCUGCCUGACCAUAAACAUCAGGAAGUCGACUCCUGCAUAAACUGACUCUCGCCGUCUUAAGACACUGCUUCUGACGUAAUCAUCUUCAGCACCUUUUAAACUUUGUAUAUCUAUACUAUUCUUUGGUGCAAUGAAAGGACAGGUGAGUACAGGGUGGGCAGGUGUGCAGAUGUAGGGGGAUCACAGUUCUGUAGUUAACAGGUUAGGUGUCCAACAUGCUGUGUGCUGCAUCAGAGGUCAGAACAGAUGGAGAGAAUAUAUAGCAGCAGAUGAUAGUCUGGAUGAGGAAUGCUGAAGCUCAGACUUGUUCACUUGGUGAUGCUCAUGGUCUAUAUCGUUAUGCUCAGUUGCUUGGUUGCAAGCCUGAUAAAAAUAAUAAAAUCAAGACACAUUUUCUAAA